ACAUAUAGGACGUGACAAUUCAGUUUAUAUAUGUUCUGUGACCAGUUUUGCGCAGUACAGUUAAAGGAAAAGAACGACUGUUCCGACUUGAAGCUAUGGCCGGAUAUUUCACACGAAACACACUGAUUUUGGUCGCCAUUCUGGUGGCUGGGUUGCCAAGUGUGGCGCCGUACGACUACAACACUUGUAGUGGUGGAUUUUUCCACGAGACCUGCCGUGUCCCACUUUCAUCUCACUGCUGCAAGUCCGGCAUUUUCCUGAGCGCCACCUGUUGUCGCAAUUUCUGCAGCUACCCUGGCUUCAUUUGGUCGACUUCUACGCGCUGCUUUUUUAUAACCGACUCAAUGUGCUGCAGUAAGUCACGAUCCGGAUCUGAAUCCUGUUGCAACGCGGCGAGCUAUUCGAGGACAUCGUCUAGCAGUGUAAAUGGAUACUACACGAGGAGCACCUUCGCGACGUGCCAUAGAGGUAUAUACAGCACCGACUACUGCACUAACAGUCUUUCCACCGGUUGUUGUGGGUAUGGUACUAGCGCCUCCUGCUGCAGACCUUCAACUUGCGUGGGGAGAAAUUGGCGUGGCAUCCUAUCCACCUGCUCCGGUAGUUCAACCUAUUGCUGCUCCUCGUCGAAAUCAUGCUGUGAUUCGUCUGGUUACGACCACGAGCAAAGACAGAAGAGUUACGAAGCAGGGGCCGUCGCCGGCGGGGUGAUUGGUGGCAUUAUCUUGCUCGCCAUCAUCAUCGUAGUACCGGUCUCCGUGGUGUGCUGUUGCAGGGCGAACGGGGCACGUGAGGCAAUCUACGCUAACCAAAACGCUGACGCCACUGUCGUUGCUGUUACUUCGACCAGCAAUCAGACCCAACCUAACCAACCUUACCAAGCGUACCAACCACCACCAUCUGCGAACUACCAGCCACCACCUUACGGAUACAACCCACCACCGGUUUCUAAUAACCAGUAGUUGGCCCAAGCAACUUCGGCACGGCAACCGGGACCAUCGCAGGAAUAAGACACCGACCAGCCAGGCGUAGCUCCUGCAACAAAUGCGUCAGCAGACCCCUUUACCGCCCCAUGAAGUUUAACUAGCAGUUGAAUAGAACACCGUCAUAUCUUACACCACCUUGUCCGCUCUCAGAUAAAUCCGUAGACGUAGUUUCCGCCUCAGUCACGAAUUCUUCGUGCAUGUAAUCGGUUCGAUUUCAAUGAAUUCGUAAUAAUCUAGGGAGAGUUUAGGUGCUCAAAUUUAGUUUCACGAAGUUGCCAAUACCCCCCCCCCCCCCCAUCUCACUUCAUCGAAACUGUCAACGCUUGUACAGCACCUUGUAUGCCCCCCCCCUUGAUUUUUGAUGGGACCAAUUUCUGUUUCGGUCCGACCCCGCAGGCUAUUUCGAUACAUUUGGUGCCUUAUUCGACGAAAAGAAAACGAAGUCUGGAUUAACAAGACCAGCGAUGUUGUUGUUAAUUUACUCCAACCUCUACAUCCGGGGUCUACUUGAUUAGCAAUUCAAAAUGGCUGCACCAUAGACCCUUGACACACCCCUAUGUCACAUGCCGCGUCACCGCCAGAAUCUAGGGGUGACUAUGACAAAAACAUUUUUGCGGCCCACCAAAUAAGUUUUAAAGGGCCAACUUGGGCAUAAGAUAUGUGGUUUUUUUGUACAAAAACGGCUUCCAGCAGGACCGCAACUUCUCCAAACAUUUGAAUGAAAACUCUUUGAAUUGCAAUAUACAAUGCACUAGAACGGGGGGUAACCUUAGGUCUGCCUGAAAUUCGCAAGCCAUGCCCAAAACUACCUUCCAACACUGGUGAAAAUCGUUAUCAGAAAACGGCAUCAGUGUAAUACUACAAGUGGCGGCGCAUGGUGUCAAGUCGGCACAUUAUUCUCCUGGCCAGGUAAAUCACACGCCCAAGUUGUCCCUUUAAAUUGAGAACACGUCAUGGUAGACAUUAAGGAAGAGACUUGACACUGGAUAUAGAGGUUGUAUUUACCCUAACCUGUACAAACUCCCAGUAGGGCCGCCUUUUAGGCUACUAUUGAGAUGCCAAGGCGACGAUUCGGGUCCUUGUAAGGCCAACAAGGCCUCAGAAAGUUUAUAUCAUAAAUCAUAACUGGUGUAGAUGUUUAGAUCAGCAACAGUCAUAUAGAUGACUGAGAAGUGUUCAAGUACUGUAAAUUUUGUGUUCAAAAUUUAUAUGUAAUGUAUAAAAUAAAUGUAAAUGUAGAUGUUUGAAAAUUUCCGUUCAUACAUGCCAUGUAGGUCAACUAGAAUUCUCAUUCUACCAAAGUCAAGGUCAGGGAGGCGGUUGUUCGGCACAUGACGCCACGACAGCCUGCUGACUGGGGCUAAGAAGAGGAAGCUAAGGUGGUUUGGCCACGUGGCAAGACCCAGAACACCCCUUGCGAAUAUCAUCCUGCAGGGCACAGAAAAACUACAAAAUUUGUUGCGACUUUAUCAUAUUGCAUAACAACUUUUAUUAUCUUGUACAGCACCAAAUUAAAAAUGUACAUCGAAUAACCAGCCUAAAAUGAACCGAGGCAGUAAUGCAAUUUCUAUGAGCAAUUUCCAUCAGCCUGGGAUCCAAU